CUUUAGUUUGUUCGAAGAGCACGCAAAACGAAACGGCAAUGGCGGGCCAAGUAAGUCUACAGGAUCGGAACAAUCUGGAAAAGUUCAUCCGCCAGCUGGCGAUGAAAUCGGCCCAGAUUAUCGUACAGUCGCGCCUGGGUGAGAAAAUUGCCACCGAAAGCAACACGGCCACCGAUUGGUUCAACAUCGCAAUCACGGACCAGCCGGACGUGCUGGUCGACACGAAGAAGGCGCUCCAGGGCAGCCAGCAUGAGUCGAUCAUCUCGCGGUUGCCACUGUGCGUAGAGAUUUCGCUGCAAACGGCCGAGGGUGGUAGCAUGAUACUGGAGGUCUGGUCGCUGAGCAUCCGCACCGACCAGACGAACGCCCCGCAGCGGGCCACCAAUGUGAUCUACAACCGUAUGGGCUUGCUGCUCAAGUCACUGCUAUCGGUCACGCGAGUUACGCCCGCCUAUCGAGUGUCGCGCCUGAAGCGCUCGGACUCCUACGACAUCUACUACCGCAUCUACAUCGGUGACCCUCAGACCCAUCAGUUGGGCGAUGGUCAUAACCAGGUGCGCGUCGGACAGUUGUGCACCCAAAUCGGAACACUAAACAUGGCCGUGGCCUACCGGACGAAGAUUACGUUCUCGCCUACGCAAACCGGACGCGACAACACGAUCAUGCUGAAGAGCGAUCACUUCCUGAAGGAUCUCAGCCCGAAGCACGUACGCUACAAUUACAACAAAAAGAAUGAUAAAAAGAUAAUCGAUUUGGACAAACCGAUGCGAUGCGGUGCCUUCGUUGAUCCGUCCCGGGUGAAGAAGUACACCGAGGACGACUACAUACUGCCAGAGACGCCACCGUUCAGCUGGUUGCUGCCGAAACCGCGCGACGAGAACGGCGAGGAUCGGAUCUCGCUCCACUCGCCGACGACGACGAACGUGGUGGACGCGGAGAACUGUUCCGGCAACGCCAACAAUCUCAUCAACAACCUCCAGAACCAGAGCAACAAUAACAACAACAACAAUAUCCCGCAGCCCCAGGGCAAGGGAUCGUACGAAUCGGGGGCGUGUGCAGCCGGCCCGAUGCACUUCCGGUUGUCGCAGUCGCCCAAAAGUAACGCCGCCGGCAGUGGGGAAUCGACGGUGGGACCGCUGGCACCGUCCAGUAUCGGAAUGUCGGUCCCUGUGAGUACCGCCACCGGAACCAGUCCGCCGCUCGGUUCGCUCGGGGCCGAUGGUGGGCUGCGACGCUCAUCGCGCUGGUCGAUCCGGCGUGAUCCGUCCGAGGACGAACGGAUGCUGAAGGAGCUACACUUUGCAUUUGCCGAAUCGACGGCCCAGGGCGAGUUGGCAAAGUUUUUGCGCGAAUGCCAAAAUGCGCCGACGCUGCAGGAGUUUGAUAUGAUGCGCUCGAGCGGCGGCGAUACCGUGACCGAUGCGACGAUCGACGGCAGCCGGAUACUGACCGAAGCCGAUACCUGCUGCGAACCGUGCGAGCGGCGGAUCGACGACGACGACCACGACAACGAUGAUGACGACGACGAUGCCAUCAAUGACCUCACGCGCCAGCUCGAGCAGUUCGAAACGUCGCUACCGGAGUACGAGUACCUCGUGUCAUCGCUUUGCCAAACGGUGGACAGCAAUUCGAACAGCUAAACGGAUGGCGGCGCGGGCAACAAUCCGACCGCCGUGGGUGUGGCGAGUUUAUUGUUAAUUUUUUUCGAGAGAGCACACACUUCUGUACUCCUGUGUCGACUGAUAUAUAUUUUUUGAUGAUAUUCAUCUCCACAUUACACACACACACACUGCGCACACACACAUAAAACACUGAGAAAACCACAAACAUCAUAACCACAGAGCAGUAGGAAAGACAAGACGGCGGAUGUUGCGACAGCGACAGAAGGAACGGGAAACGAUAGGUCCAAAGGACGCGGCACUGCUAGGGAACGGAACGGCACGAUUGAACUACUCUGUUUCAAUGUGACCACCGUUUCGAGAGGAGGUUGUGUGUGUUUUGUUGCAGAGUCCUUGCCUUUUGAGCCAUCAUAAUCUACGUGUUUUUUUUACUAUUUCGGGCCGUCGCAUGUGAAGCGGCCGAAUGAAGAUAAUGUUCCUUAUUGUGUGCGCGCGGGGCAGCAGCAGUGUGUCAGGGCACCCGUCGAAUGAGUAGCCAAAUAAGUUCAAUCGUCCCCAGGGGUCCCUUAUUUUCUACAUAUUUAUGCAUUGAAUCCAAAUUAAUCCAAAGUAUAUUCUUCCCCGCCAUACACUGCUAGUGAAGCUUUUGUUCGCUUUCGAAAAGGAUGCUGCUUUCGCCGGCGCAUUGCAUUGGUGGUCAUUUACCGACUGACAUUGGCUUUAAUAUUGUUCGAUUGCUUUAAGAGCGCAACGCAAGGGGGGGAAGUAGAUGGAUGGCGAAGGAUUGUUGAAACGGAGGGGAGUGAUCACAAACGUAGCUAGGCUCUUUACGGCUCACCACGGAACUGUUUUCCGGCCACCCCAUUAAACGUAAAGCCCCGCCGCUGGCGUCGUGUUUGUAAAUAGUACAACAUUUGUUAUAGGCUUAAAACCGUCGCAAGGAGCCGGACCUUGCUUCUCCUGUAAAUAGGCGUCCAACUAUUAUUUGGCUACCAUUUUUUUUUUCUUUUACAUUACUUUCGGGGAGAAUAUGCUUGUUGUGCGGAAGGGAGGGUCAGCGAGCAGCGGUGGGGUGCUAAUGCCCGGUUUGGGGCGCCGGGAAACAAUUCCCGUAUCGAACGGAGAACAGAAAAUACAUUUUCAGCCAGAACAUUUUCGAAGGCGAAGAAAGUUAGUGUCGUGGACGAGAACAAUGUGCCGAUUACGCCGGGAAAACUUACUGUUAUUCACGAUUUUUAUCCUUUCGUCAGUUUAUAUUCAACUAGGUUUAGCGCGUAAGGGAAAACGUGUGCUGGUAAAGCGCAGGGAUGGGAUACUGUAUCGUUUAAAUAUAACUCAACAAUUAUUUUA